GGUUUAAUGACGAAGCUGUACAAAGCAGACACCCGAUGGCUUAUCUACCUUUCGGCGACGGACCAAGGAAUUGUAUUGGGGCUCGCUUCGCUGUUUAUCAGACUAAAGUUGGACUUGUAAAGAUACUACGAAAUUACAAAAUGGAGACUUGCGAGAAAACUCAAAUACCUUACGUAAACAAUCCUAAGGCAUUUCUGUUAGCACCUGUUGGUGGACUAUACUUGAAAAUAGUUAAAAUUAAUCGAACUUAAUUUAAGCUUUUUCACAAGAAGCACAAUGAAAGAAUGUAACGAUAGGAGUUAUUGUUCCAAUUAUUAUAAUCGUAAUUAAUUUUCUUGAUGUUAUUAUGCAUUAACAUCUAAUAUCAGUUUAUUUAAAAUUGGAUUAUAAUUUAAUUUUAAAUUUAUGGUUACAUACAUAUUUUAAUAAUACUAUUCAAUAUUUUUUAAUUUUUUUUUCAAGCGUUUAAGUAAUGAAAGUUUCGAUAAGUUUUUUCCAUAGAAUCCGGAUCCGAAGAGAAAAGUGAAUUAGCUCUAGGUAAAAAAAAAAAACAAAGUCAAAUAAGCAAGAAAAUAUGACUAUUUUUUGUUAUUUUAAGUUUAAAAAGACAAAUUUUCAUUUCAUUCCACUUAGAAGGUUUUAGCUCGUGUUAUUUUUAUAUAGGUGUUCAAAAACGUUUUUUGCACUUUUGACAUCGUUUUUUUUUUUUAAGCCAAUUCACUACUUUUCUUUUCGGUUUCGGAUUAUACGGAAAAAAAAUUCAAAAUCAGUUUUGAUUGCCGGAUUUAAGUGCCAAAAUCCGUGUUGAACAAUAUAAUGUCUAAUAUUUUAAAAUUGACUUUUUUAUCAUUCUCUUUUUUAUCAAACAUAUUUUUUACAUUACAUAUUAUGAAAGUGUAAAUGUAUAAAAUAUUGGAAAUUAAAUAAAACAUCUAAUAAAUAUACAAAUCUAGUACAUCCACACAAUUACAUGUUCAAAAUUUUUAUAAUUUUAACAUCUUUUAUCAAUGAAAAUACGUCUAAAUAAUAUAUAAUACGUCUAAUAUAAUUGAAAUAUAUAUAAUAUUUUUCUAAUAAAUCUCGGAAAUAAGAAAACUAUCACAAAUAAAAGCUAGGAUGCUAAAAUGUUGUAAAAUAUUGCAAAAUAUUAUUUUUUAAUUUAUUACAAGUAUACUACUUUGUGCGCAUGUAUAAGUUCGUGAUCAGCAACCCUCAAAUACCUGUACUUAGCAAACUAAAAUAAAGCGCUUCGUAGGAAUUUUUUGCCCACACGAUUCUCAACUAUGUAAAAAUAACAACGUAAACAGGAAGAUUGUAACAGUUUUGUAUGCAAGAUAGCAGCGAGUGUUAUCUAAUUUUUUAAAAUUUUAAUUAGCUAUUUGCCGCACGUAUAUUAGCAUAAGAUACAAAAGGCGAUAGCAUCGUAACAUUCGGACAGUUCUUUUGUUAAAAAUAAAGUGGUAUUUUAACUAUUUCUAUCGGAAAUAAAAUUAGUUCUUAAUGCGGGUAUUAAAAUAUAGGAUUUUAUUGUGUACUAAUAUUUGAACGGUUUUUUCUCAUUUUUCCAAAAAAAUAAUGGAAAUUUUUGAAAUAUUGUGCGGCAUCAUCGCCGUAAUUCUCGCUCUUUAUUAUUUCUUCACGUCGACCUUCGAUUUUUGGAAAUCACGUGGAGUUCCUGGGCCACGACCUAUACCAGUGUUCGGUACUUUCAAAGACGUUCUGCUUAAAAAAAUAUCCUUAGGUGAUUACGUGACAAAAGUAUACAACGAAUACAAAGACGAACCAUUCAUCGGGAUAUUUUUUAUGAGGACACCCAUUCUUAUCGUAAAAGAUUUAGAGAUAAUGAAGGAUAUCUUUAUUAAAGAUUUUUCCACGUUUGCCGACAGAGGGUUCACCACCCACGAGAAGGCUGAGCCGCUGUCGCAAAAUCUCUUCAAUUUGGAGCCGGAGAGAUGGCGACCCUUACGGCCGAAACUGACGCCAUUUUUUACAUCCCGUAAAAUGAAGGAGAUGUUCUUGUUAAUAUCAGAGUGUUCUGACCAUCUUAUAGAUCAUGUAGACAAAUUAGUGAGAAGGAACGUCACGAACGAGCCUAUAGAGUGUCUCGAGCUAACGGCCAAAUAUACGACCGACUGUAUCGGUAGCUGCACCUUCGGCAUCGAGAUGAACACUCUGUCGAACGAGGAGAGCGAAUUUCGCAGGAUAGGAAGAGACGUAUUCCAUCAACCCUGGACAGAUCUUCUACGAGCGAGGAUCAAAAAUUUUUCACCACUCUUGUACGAUAUUCUCGGUUACAUCCUGCCGGAUACGGAGAUCACCAAGUUUUUCAUAAGUCUCGUCACGGAUAGUAUGAAAUACAGAGAUAAAAAUAACAUUGUUAGGCAUGAUUUCAUUGACAUGCUACGCGAAUUAAAAAAAAAUUCAAGCAAAAUGAACAAUAUUGAAUUUACCGACAGUUUUAUAGCUUCACAAGCAUUCAUAUUUUUUGCCGCUGGUUAUGAAACUUCGUCGACGGCAAUGACCAACACGCUUUACGAGUUAGCUUUACACCAGAAAGUGCAAGACAGGUUACGUAAAGAAAUUAACGAGGAAUAUACAAAAUAUGGUGGCAGUUUAACAUAUGAAAACGUUCAGAAAAUGAAUUACUUAGAUAAAGUAUUCAAAGAGGUCUUACGAAAAUAUCCAGCUGGAUUUUUCUUCACAAGAAAAACGACAUCGAGUUAUACUUUCAAUGGUACCAAAGUUAGCAUACCGAAAGGCCAAAGGAUAUGGAUUCCUAUAUACGCUAUUUAUCGAGAUCCCGAUAUUUAUCCAAAACCGAAUGAUUUCGAUCCGGAAAGAUUUAAUGAGGAAGCUGUGCGAAGCAGGCAUCCGAUGGUUUAUCUACCCUUCGGUGACGGACCAAGAAAUUGCAUUGGUGCUCGCUUUGGCAUUUAUCAGACUAAACUUGGUAUUAUAAAGAUAUUACAAAACUACAAAAUCGAAUGUUGUGAGAAAACGCAAAUACCUUAUGUGAUCGAUGAAAACAUUUUUGUACUAUCGCCAAAAAAUGGGAUAUACUUAAGAAUAAUUAAAGUUAAUCAAACUUAAUUUAAACUCUUUCAAACUCUUUUAAAAACAUGCAUAAAAAUAGUGAAGAAAAUCUCUGUCAAUAUAUUAUAAUAAAUAAAAAUCACUAUUCCUUUAUAAUUGUAAUAAAGAUAUUAAUUUUAGUAUAUUGUCGUACUAUAAUAUCUCAUCAAUUAUAUUAGUCAUAUGUA